AUGGAUUGUAAAGAAACAGGAUUAACAAAAUGCUCAGCGAGCAAUGGAAAUAAGUACGUGUCGGUCUACAGAGCGGAUGCAAAACGUGUAGUCCCCGGCCGGCGUAAAACUGCUGGAAUCCACAAAUGUGUACUCAUGAGUGAUUACGACGCACUGAAACGUAUCCUUUCGUCAAAAAAAAGGGAUUCUAUCAAUGAUUGUGACCACUUUGGUCGUACCGCGCUUCACAUUGCAAUGCAGAUGGCGGACCCUAAGUCACUCUACCUUUUACUCUAUUACCCCUUAGUCCACCCAUCUAAACUGUUUGCCACACAGGAUUUGGAUUUUAUGUUGUCUACUAACCUGGUCGAAGGAGAAACAGAUGCUAAUAUUGAUGUUAUAUGUGACUGUAACACUUCUGAUGUCGAGGGGGAUAAUGGUUCCGAUAAAGGGGAUAUUGCGAAACCAGAAACCAGGCUGUCUCGCUUUCCUGGUAAAUUUAGACUCGUUUCUAAUGGAAUCGUAAAAAAAACAAGUAAAAAGACAACAAAGGAUGAAUGUCACCCACGCAAGUGUAAGAAGGUUGCAUCGUCAUGGCAUAUUGGACCAUAUUUGCUCCGACACUGGGAACGGUCUCCCGAAAGCUAUCUUCAAUCUGUUUUGGGCGUUGAUAACGCACAACAUAUCUUGGGUUGUGGAAUGAAAGAGGUAGAAACAUUGUAUCAAGAGCACUACAAGUUUCUCGCUGGGGAACCUCAUGAUCUUAACAAUGCCGUACGAAACUAUUCGUCUAAAUAUGCUAAAAUCUAUUCUAAUCAUCCCCUAAACUAUCCGUUUACCACGGAGUUGCUACAGGGUCAUGCAAAAUUAUACACGAAGGUUGACGUUAAAAUUGACACCCAAAGCAACCUCAGAUCUACAUCUAUAAGCACGUAUGAGUCCGAACACUUAGGAGAGUUGUUUGUCACAUCAAAGGAUUUUAAUUUCAAUAACGAGGAUUUGUACAAGGAACGUAAUCACCCAAAUCAGCGGGAUGCCGAUGUUGAGACGACCCAUGUGGGUGCGGCAAAUAGUAAUUGCAGUUCUAAAAUGAAAGAAAUUGAGCCCAUUCCUCGAAAAAUACAAUUAAAUCAAUUGCGCAUGGGAUCAUUACCGGGUAACCAUGUGUCACGUAUGCCUCUAGUUAUAUGUGAUUUGGUCGCAACAUAUGAUAAAACGCCACCCAUACAUUUACUGUUUUCUAACAUACACAUUGAGAGCUAUCGUGAGAACAUAUACAGGUGCUUCCGUAUACUUCUGCACUAUUUCAACACUUUUAGGGAUGCUGCGUGUGGAUUCAACCUAUGCGAAAAUACGAUGUGUGACUAUUACGGCACAGUCAAGAGGUUUUUUGAACCGUUUGAAAAGCAUCAAAUCCGCACCCCCCGCAUGGAUUCCACACCCGUGGAAACCCCCUUGCUGCAGCAUACAACAUCUCCAUGUCUGACUCCUCGAAUGCAUGACAUAGCCUGUUGCGCUAUUGCGGACUUCAAUCCCGCUGCCGCUCAUACUACGAAAAGCACGGAAACCGGCGAAACUACGUACAAAAGACAGAGGAAGGAUAUAUAUGCCAACGUCGAUCCCGAUGAUUUGGGAAACGGACCGCAUACGCGUUUAAAGAGGACUGCGUUAGAGAAAGAUGAUUGUGGUAGCGAUAGUGGGGUAGAAAGGUCUCAAAAUGAUUUCAUUAAGUGUCCAGUCACUAUAAUUAAUGAGGCAAUCCAAUGCACUAAAGAGGUACGCCAAUCUAAUCCCGCUAUAGAUUCUACGCGUACAGUAAAGGGUGACAUCAGAACUGAUGACGCAGUGUAUGGUGCCGAGACACGUAAAGAACAGAAUGAUGUGUCAAUACAUUCAUUUGAAGACACCAUUCCAUGCGACCAUAAACAAAGCAAGGAUAUGCCUAUGAGCAGCCGCGAUAACCGUAGGCCUCACUACAACAUCACUAAUACACUAUGCGCUGAUGUCAGCUCUAUGAAGGAGGAUGUUGCGGCUCGCAGAUUCAGCGCUAUUCGUGGUAUACGACGUGGAGCAUGGAAAAACAAACACCAGAAGUUUUUCCAGUUGCCUCUUAAGCAUGGUGAUUGCGCAUUGAAUAUUAAAUAUUUUUCUAGCGAGAGCCUGGAUCCGAAACUCCAUCUGUUAGGCGAAGCAAUAGUCUCUUCCAUCGGCUGGCUUAAACCUCAGUUGCCGUGGGACACCUUUUUGAACACUCGUGAUUAUACUCGUUCAAAUUUGUUGCACAAAGUGUGUCAACUUAAAGAUGUAGACUUGAUAAAGUGGCUUCUGGGGUCUGGGUGCCACCCUUUGGUGGUGAACGAAGUUGGCGACUUACCAGUGCACCUUACAAUGGACACAAAGGAUCCAAUGUGCGUUUUGACAAUGAUACGCGCUACUUUUAGCGCGCUGUUUCAUCACCAACUAGGAAUGGCAGGUAUUGAUACAACAUCACGUGUGGAGCAGUUCUCCUCUAAAACCUACAACGCUUUUAGGUGCGGCGAGGAUUCGCUUUUUGAAACUUUUAUGAAUGGGCUCAAUACCAAUACGCAAUAUGAUCAGUAUUCAAGUGUCCCAUGCAUCAGCUCGACGAGAGCAUCUUGCCCAAGGGAAACCACUUGCGAAGAACGUCACGCUGAUGGCGUAUGUCCGGUUUGCCACUUGUCACAUGCGGCGACCUCUCGUUCUGGCAUAGAAGAUUCGCGUGUGAUGCCAUCUCACGAACGUGUCAUUCUCUUUGAGGAGAUGAUAUCUUUGAUGGAACAGUUGACAUACAGGGGGAUAAAGGCGUGGGGAUGGGAGGCUCUUAUUGCCAUGUUCUCGUACAAUGAAACGCUUACACAGCAUUUACUCUCGAGUCCGCAUUAUAUGCACAGAUUCAUAAAUAUGGCUGUCCUUAUGGGCAAUUCCGAUGAGUUCAUGGCUGUUGUCAACUUUUUGGCCAGCACGGGUCUCAAGGUUGAUAAUCUUACUCCACACGCAAUUGCUUCAAAGACGAACGUUGAUUGCAGCGAAAACGAAGAUGCAGAUGGUCUAAUUGUUACCGAGGAGUGGGUCCAGCAAACGGAAAACAACAGCGCAGUAAACAAUAUCAUGACCUCGUUAGAAACAGUUGUAGAACAUUCACCGCAAUAUAAGGGUUUUGGACUACCAAGCUUGCCCUUGAACCGUCUCGUUAAAUCCACAACUGUAUCACAACCCGAUUACGCAGGUACAUCGUCCACUAAGUGUAGCAGCUCCAGUCGUGUGGAGUCAGUUUUAGAGCACUUCCGAGGUAAGUUGAUUGUAUGUCCACAAUCGUCAAUCGUCUCAGUUAACAGGGCGAAGUCUCCUCCUAAAGCUCACAAUACGGAGACCUGGAUUAUCACGCAUCCGACGUGCCUCCAUCACCUUGCACUCCCGGAGCCAACGGACGCUCCAAAUCGGCGGCACAGGCUCAUUAUGUCCUAUCCAGAAAAUCCAACCAGGCUUGAAGUUAUCAUAUCAAAUGAAAAUGGAAUAUUGCGUAGUGACACACUGGAAAACGUCAAACUUUUGCACAGCCCCCCUCCCGCAACCCUAUCUGAUAUUUUGAGAGUACAUGACUGGGAUUAUAUCGAUUCAUUGCUGAAAAAAGUGCAACUAGCCCAAAACAGAUGGAUAGGAAACAUAUAUUGGCCCGUAUUGGCUGAUGGAGAUACACCUGCUACUCCUCAUUCCUGGAAUUCUGCCCUUUAUGCUGCAGGUUCAGUGAUUGCUGCUGUCGAUGCCGUCUGCAGCGGGGAUUGCCGAAAUGCUUUCUGUGCGGUUAGGCCACCAGGACACCAUCUUGGUACCUGGGGAGGUGCUCAAUCUGCCGAGUUUGAAGAUGAGGAUUUUGCAGCGGGAUCUCAGGGGUUUUGCCUCAUAAACAAUGUGGCCGUAGGAGCAGCAUAUGCCAAGUACAUGUAUGCCAAAAAAGGUAUUAGAAGGAUUGCUAUCAUCGAUUUCGAUAUCCACCACGGUAAUGGUACCCACCAAAUCGUCUUGAAUAUCGGUCCUCGGAACGUUAGAUGUAGGCACGCUCCUAACUCUACAGGCACGGAUCCCAAAUCAGGCCGUCACAAUCACGCACUCUGGUUCGGCUGGAAUGACACCAAUGAUAGGGAGGAGGUUUUGUUUUCUUCUAUACAUGCUUACGAUGGAUUAUUUUACCCUGGCACGGGAAAAACUUGUGUCAGGUAUAAUGAGGCUGAACCACGGAUAAUUAAUAUUGGCCUACCCGAGGGCACGACAUCAGCAGAAUUUAGAGUCCUCUUCGAGACCAGGAUUCUCCCAUAUCUGUUGCACUUCAAGCCAGAUCUUAUAUUUUUAUCAGCAGGUUUUGACGGACACUAUCGCGAUUCGGUUUCAUCAGGAUUUGUAAAGUACAAGGAAAAGGACUUUUACUGGGCAACUGAACGCCUUGUCGCCGUAGCGAACGCCGUUUGUAACGGGAGGGUUGUCAGCGUGUUGGAAGGAGGCUACAAUACCCGUCUGGACACACUGUCACCUUUCGCGAAAUCCGUCUUUGAACAUGUAAAAGCACUCAGCAGCACUCGUCAGAGUUAUGUCUACCCAUUAAUGCACGCUCAGAAAACCAUCGAUCUCUUGCUUGCACCUUUGGUAUGCCCAAGUAGUACUCCAACACACUCUGACAUAUCGGAAGCUCAGUCUGUUGAUGUUGAUAUAUCAACUGCCUUGUACAGGGCAGCUUUCAUUAGAGAGUCUACUGAUCAGCUCCUGAUCAAGGCGUACGGUAUGGGAGGGCUGCGGUAUUGCAGCGUCCCGAUGGCUACGUCGGUGAUACCUAAGCAUACAUUGAAGAUCGAGGCUCUUGCGAGGACUGGAAACCCCUUUUUCAGCUUUUACUCCAGAAAUUUUCAGUCAUUAUUCAUAACGGGGAACUACGCUGGAUGCGCAGAUUACAUGUGCAGAGUACGUCGUCGUGCGACUAUUGAACAUGACGUCAUGACCUUCGACAAAUUAAUGGGCAACGAUCCUACUGUGGUGUCUACUGGUAAGUGCUCAAGUGAUACGGUAAUAGCAUCCGAUUUCACGCUACAAGCCACCGCAUCAGUUACUAACGACGCUAUUGAGAGACUCCUAUUGUCCAAUGCGUGGUCAAUGGACAUAAAAAUGAAGUCGUUGGAGCGACACGCAACCACCGCUGCGCUGCUUUGGGCGUUUUUCCAAAGGUUCGGCCAUGUAUUUAAAUGGCCAUGUGACCUGCACUUCUAA